GCACAGUAUUUAUUAAUCCCUCUGAUGUAAACGGGAGGAACGUCGUUAGUCUCUCUUUUAGAGUUCUAUUCACAAAAAGUGUACGCACUUUUAUGUACGUAGGUAAAAUGUAAAGCCUGGGACCUUACUCCACUAAUCACGCUCGGGGCCCGAUGGAGUCGCUGCAAUCAGCUGUGCAUCAUAUCUUGUUAUGAUAAACAAGUAAACCACAUAACUAAACAAUGGAAGGAAUGCUGCAUAAGUGGACCAAUUACAUAAGUGGUUGGCAACCUCGUUGGUUUGUGCUUGAUGGCGGAACUUUGUCUUACUAUGACUCUCAAGAAGAUGCCUGGAAAGGUUGCAAGGGCAGCAUUAAGAUUUCAGUAUGUGAAAUCCAAGUUCAUUCCUCUGACUCUACCCGAGUUGACCUGACCAUACCUGGAGAGCAGUACUUUUACCUCAGAGCCAUCAAUGCAGCAGAGAGGCAGAAAUGGCUGGUGGCACUGGGAACAUCCAAAGCUUGCCUUACAGACAACCGAACAAAAAGAGAAAAAGAGCUCCAUGAGAACACAGAGGCACUGAGAACUAAGAUGUCAGAGCUCAGAUUGUACUGUGACCUUCUUCUACAACAAGUAAACAAGAUCAAGGAGAAUGAUGAGCUAGCAGACACAGCAGAGACAGGAAUAGGCAAUGGAAACAUGGUGAAGUCUACAUGCACCACCUUUCUUAAGACUCUGGAGGAAUGCAUGCAGAUAGCAAACCGUUCUUUUAGUACAGAUAUGGCAACACAAAGUCCACCAGGGUCUCCUCCAGUAGCAGCCAUCAAACCUCAGAAGAUUAAACCUGUCAAUCAUUUAAACCACAACCUUGGAGAAAAAUGGAGAGAUUUGUCUGAAUCUUCAGGAGAAGCAGUUGCACAUGACAACCAGAGCCUUGACUCUGGAGUAGAAGGGCCAGAUGAGCAAGAUAGACCAGAACAACAUCCUUCCCCAUCAGACAUUGAUGCCACCAACAGCAUCAGAUCAGUCCCUGAGGGGGGAGUUGAUCCUCAGUUACACACUACCAAGGAUACCUCUGAGAUUGAACACUACGAGCAACCAGCAGAGGAGGACGAGGAGAACGAAGCUGACGAUCAGAAGGAGACAAAACAAAAGCAGAAGCACAAAGGGGACCAAAAUCAAGAAAGGCAGGACAUCAACAACAAGGAAGCCAACGCUGUCCAGCUUCGGCACCAACAGGAAGCUGUUCCAGACCAAGAAGAGGCUCAACAGGAAGGCCAGACUUCCAGAGAUUCAACAGAGCCAGAAGACACAGAGCAGGUGGAAACUUUCUUCAGCACAAUGAGUCACAGAUUUAGUGAUAUAAGACUGGACGACGACAAUGGUAUCCCUACACAAGAGUUUUUGGACUCAUGCUAUGCAAUAGUACCAGUAUUAGACAAGCUGGGAUCCACUGUGUUUGCGCCAGUUAAAAUGGAUUUUGUUGGAAAUAUCAAGAAAAUUCACCAGAAGCUGAUGUCGGAGCCUGACAGCUUCCCCACACUACAGUCCAUCGUGCUGCAUGAAGUCCAGACAGAGAAUGCCCGGGUGCGUAACUCGGCCACUGAGGCUCUGCUGUGGCUUAGGCGGGGACUGAUGUUCCUCAAAGAGUUUCUGUCAGAGGUCAACGCAGGAGAGCAAGACAUCCAUGGAGCGCUAAAUAAUGCCUAUGGAAAGACCCUUCGGCAGUACCACGGAUGGGUUGUGCGAGGCGUUUUUGCUUUGGCGCUGAGAGCUGCACCGUCUUAUCAAAGUUUCGCCGCUGCCUUAGUGUCGAGAGCGGGCGACGAGCUGAAGGGCGGCUUUACCAGCGGGGUGCACCGGGACCUGGGAUUGUACCUGCCUGCCAUGGAAAAGCAGCUGGCCAUCCUAGAUGCACUGUAUGAAGAAUACAACCUGGAGUCUGAUGAAGUGGUGUGAAAUUUGCAACAGAGAGAGGAAGGACAAAACUUGACCCCAGGGGCAGUAGUGGCUGACCACUGAAGGAGGGUGCCAGAUGUAUUAAGUGCAUCUUGUGUACAAAAUAAUUGAGCGUGUCCCUGUGCCAGUGUGAGGUGUUUUCAGUGGUUGUUAAACUCUAGGACAGUGGAGGGUUAAGGUUUUCGAAGAAGGUAUUAAUGUCUGUAUGUUUUAACAAUUUGGACAUUAUUGACAAAAUGUAUUUUCUAGGUCUUGUUUAAAAGACCAUUGACAGUGUAGUUUUUUUUUUAGCCCUAUUAUGCAGAAUCCAGCCAUAAUGAUUCAUUUGUUUUUGGUGCACACUGUGGCUGUAUUGUUUUUGUGUGUGUGUGUGUACAGGCACAUAACUACAAAGUAUUUGGUUCUAGUGAUUUCCUUGGUCAAACAUUUGUGAUUUCCGCCAAAGUAAUUUUUAAUCAAGAUUGUCCUGUUUCCUCAGAUUCACAAAACAGGGUAAUACUUAAAACUAACACAAAGCAUUAUUUGGACAAAAACUUUGUCAGAUAGUUCCCCUGCCUAAAAUGUAUGUGAUGGAGUUGCAUACUAACUAACUUUAAGCAUUCUGGCUAAAAAACAAAAAAGGUUAUUGCGUUGACUGUUGAUUUUAGGAAAGGAUGUUAGAUUUAUAUUUGUCUUUCCCUGCAAAUGUAAUAUAAAUGCUGCAGUUUGACAAUUUUUUCUUUUUCAUCGCUAACAUGUUAUGAACAAUUGCUGUUGAGACUUUGCGUGGGACCAAAAAGAAGCUAUCAAGUGAAUGGCUUUAGCCUCUGCUGCCUAUAGUACCACAACACACAAGAAUGAAAUAAUACAGUGUAGCUGUAAGUACUGACAACUGCUGAAUACUUUAGUGGACAUCCUCUGCACAAAACCAAUGCAUAGAAUGCAUUUCCACAAUGUUUAUUUAUUAAGUCUUAAGUUAUAAAGUUCACAUUAUCAUCAUGGGGACCAGCUCAGUCCAGCUUUUGUAUGGACAUUUGUACACAUAGAGCAUGUUUAUUGCUUGCAUGGUUUUGUGUAAUAAGUAACAUAGGUACCAAUGGAAACUGAAUAGGCCAAGGACUUUAAUUAACAAAGUUAAUAAAUAAUCCUGAAGGGGAUAGAUGAAAUGUUAAAAUACAUUGCUUCUCAUUUAUCUCUGUACUGAUAAUGAACAGCGACAUUCAGCUACUCUACAGAUGUCAUCUCGCCCAUGCACUGACCAGCCGUAGGUAUUAUUUUAUGAUGUCAACUCAACAAGGAUAUGAUUGGUAGGACUCCACCUCCCAUUAGAACAAAGCAGGAACAUUAACCUGGGGCUUUUCUUUUUUACCAAGACUGACAUACCACGUAGUAUUUUUAACUUUACUCUCACUUGUCUUUUGUGUUUACAGGUAGGCAUACAGUAAUAAUUCUUGGAGUAAGUCAUUUGCAGCAGGUUUACAUCCCUGCAAUGGCUUGUUUUCUUGUCAAGUGUUGAUCCUCAGAAUAUUCCAUUGUAACAUUGCAAACACUUUUUUUUUUGUAUGACUGUAUAUAAGAUGCUAUUUGAUUUUUACAUAAUAAA